GUGUACAAGGGAUCAUUUCCUCCUUGACAUCCAUUCAUCCAGCUUAGUGCAUGCGUCCAGCCGUCCUACGUACAGCUCGAACUCAACUCUACGCCGCCCUUAAACAACCCCUACGACCCGUCUUACCACUCGUCAUCACUCACAACCAAAACAAGCACAACCAGUCCCGAUUUUACUGCGUCAUGUCCAACCCGAACCCUCACCCGGUCUCCUCGGCACCUACCGCCGCCCCGGUAGAGAACGAGCAGAUCAACACGCAGCUGCCGCCCGCUGAGCAAAAGGAGAAGAAGCAGCAGCAGCAACAGGGACAGAAGAAGGAAAAGAAGGCUAAACCCGCUGCCCAGGGGAACGCUCAGCUGGAAUUGAGCCCUCCUCCCGAGUUCUUUGACACGAGGAAUGCUAUUUUCGACAAGUACAAAAAGAUCUACGAUGACAAGGUUGCCGCCAUGCCCCGAGAUCCCAUCACCGUUACCCUCCCUGACGGCCGCAAAGUUGAAGGAACCGCCUGGGAGACUACCCCUUACGACAUCGCCGACUCCCUCUCCAAAUCCCUCGCUCAAAACGCAAUCAUUAGCAAAGUUGACUCUACCACGCUCUGGGACCUGAAUCGUCCGCUGGAGAAGUCAUGUAAUCUGGCGAUCUUGAACUGGGACUCCGAGGAUAACAACUACGAAGCCAGACAGGUCUUUUGGCAUUCGAGUGCGCACGUCUUGGGAGAGGCCUGUGAGCGGCAUUUGGAGGAUUGUUGUUUGGGUUACGGACCGCCACAGGAGUCAGGGGGUUUCUUUUACGAGAUGAGAUUGAAGGAUAACAGGCCAAUCACCCCGGCUGACUACCCGAACAUCGAGAACGUCGUAAAAAAGGCCGUCAAGGAGAAACAGAACUUUGAGCGUCUCGAGCUCCCCAAGGAGGCGCUGUUGGAGAUGUUCGCCUACAACAGCUACAAGCAACACUACAUCCAGAACCAGGUUCCCGAUGGCACCUCCUCCACCGUCUACCGAUGCGGUCCCCUAAUCGACUUCUGCCGAGGUCCCCACGUCCCCCACACCGGCCGAAUCAAGACGCUAGCGAUCACCAAAAACUCGUCUUCCUACUUCUUGGCCGACUCGAAGAAUGACACGCUGCAACGUGUCUACGGGAUCAGUUUCCCCGACUCGAAAUUGAUGACCGAGCACAAGAAGUUUGUGGAAGAGGCCGAGAAGAGGGAUCACAGGAAGAUCGGGAAACAGCAGGAGCUGUUCAUGUUCCACGAAUUGAGCCCGGGGAGCGCGUUCUUUUUGCCGAUGGGGAUGAGGAUCUACAACACGUUGAUGGAGUUUAUCCGAAGCGAAUACCACAAGCGAGGCUACGUCGAGGUCGGUUCGCCCAACAUUUACAACUCGAAACUCUGGAAGACCUCUGGUCACUGGCAAAAUUACGCCGAAGACAUGUUCGGCCUCUCUGUCGACAAGGAGGAGUUCGCCGUCAAGCCCAUGAACUGCCCCGGGCACUGUCUGAUCUUUGACGCGAGAGAGAGGAGUUACAAGGAGUUGCCUUUGAGGAUGGCCGAGUUUGGUGUUCUGCACAGGAACGAGGCUAGUGGAGCUUUGAGCGGGUUGACCAGGGUGAGAAGGUUCGUGCAGGACGAUGCACACAUCUUCUGUACCCCGGAUCAGAUCGAAAGCGAGAUUGCCGGCAUCUUCGACUUUAUGGACACCAUCUACUGCAAAUUCGGCAUGGAGUUCAAGGUCGGCCUUUCCACCCGUAACCCGGACAAGUUCAUCGGCGACCUCGCCAUCUGGGACAAGGCCGAGGCUCAGCUCAAGGCCGUGCUAGACAAUGUCGCUCCGGGCAAAUGGAAGUUGAACGAGGGAGACGGAGCGUUCUACGGACCGAAGAUUGACAUCUCGUUGACGGACGCUCUGAAGCGGGAGUUCCAGUGUGCCACCAUCCAGCUCGACUUCAACCUUCCCGAGCGGUUCAACCUGACCUACAACGGUCCCGAGCAAUCCUCAGAGGCCAACCCCACUCGACCGGUCAUGAUCCACCGAGCGCUCGUCGGGUCCAUCGAGAGAUUCAUUGGGGUCUUGACGGAACAUUGCGCGGGCAACUGGCCGUUCUGGUUGAGCCCUAGGCAGGUUGUUGUCAUUCCUGUUGCGCCGGUCUACAAAGACUAUGCCAACGAGGUCGCCGCCAAGCUCUGGGACAAGGGUCUCUUUGCCGAAGCCGACGUCUCGCCGGAAACGCUCAAGAAGAAGAUUCUCAACGCCGAAGUCGCCCGAUGGAACUUUAUCUUGGUCGUGGGUGAGGACGAGAUGACGAACCGGUCGGUCAACGUCAGGUCGAGGGACGAGGAGCAGAAGGGACGAAGCGAGACAUUGAGCUUGGAGGACGCUGUGGAGAAGUUGGUCAAGUUGAAGGAGACCAAAGGGGCGGUUUCCAAGUUGGAGUAGAGACUUGAUUUGUGAGGUACUUGACACCUGGCGUGAUUACUAUUGCAUGGUGUCUUAAUCGCCGAUAAGCGACACUUGUUGUCACCUG